AUGUUUGUCGGUAAUUGGGGCCCAGAAUGCGGACAGUGGAAUCAUGAUACCACUGUUUUACCCUAUCCUAAAUUAGUAAAUCAAAACUGUGAAGUUUCUGAAGCAAUUCGAACUUUGAUCUUGGCCAGUGGCAGACGAAGAAUUAGGGAUGUUAUGGAAGGAAUUUGGGACUUGUUCUCGAAGGAGCGUAAGUCCCCCAGACAAGUAAUGGCUGUUAACAAUGUCGGGGAAAGCGGACACGCGUAUAACUCGUACAGAAGAAACGCGACUGUUCCCCCAUAUAAAAAGACAGAACCAAGACGAAACACGUGGUGGAAAUUUCUUAGAGAAAAAGGGGAUGACAUGACCACCUGGAAUGGAAAACCAGAUUGGAUGCUUGAACGAAUUCGUAAAACUGCAGAUUUUUCGAAGUUUACUUUGCAAGAAAAAUUACGAGAAGGAACACGAUUGGCAAAUCGCAUCUUACAUUCUGCUCUGGAAUUAACUCAUCCACAGCCCCUUGUUGUGGCUGAUGUUUAUAUUUUGAUUGUUUUAGGAUUAGAUACUCAAUAUGGGAUCAACAGACUGUUGAUUAUCCAUAAACCAGAAUUUUCUGAAAUUACACAUAAUCAUCAGAAACUCUGGAUGGAUAUUAAAAAGCAAAUACAGAGAUUGGAUAAAAUUUUGUUAUUGUGUAAAUUUAUCUCACACAAAGAUAACACCUUUGAUCGGGUAAUAGAACCAGCCUGGAACAUGAUGACGCUGGAUUCUGAUAUUGAAUUGGCCAAUAGAGUUAUGGAUAUUCAUGAGAAAUUGGGACAUCUGGGACCAGUAAGACUGUAUAAUUUAAUAAGGAAAUAUGAAACUGGAAAACCGGUACCUAUGGUCCAACAGGCGGAGGCGGGCUCGGGGGAGGACGAGGGCGGUGGCGCGGAGCCGCUGUGGACUGCCGUGUUCGAGUACGAGGCGUGCGGCGAGGACGAGCUGAGCCUGCGGCCGGGCGACGUGGUGCAGGUGCUGUCCCGGGACUCGCACGUGUCCGGCGACGAGGGCUGGUGGACAGGCCAGAUCGACCAGCGCGUCGGCAUCUUCCCCAGUAACUACGUGAGCAGCAGCAGCCUCCACCGCCACGGCGCCGACCCGGAGCUUCGGCCCCGCUACCCGCCGCCCCCCGCCAUCCAGCUACUGGAGAUUGACUUCUCAGAGCUGGUUUUGGAAGAAAUCAUUGGCAUCGGAGGCUUUGGAAAAGUCUAUCGAGCUAUUUGGGGAGGCAAUGAGGUUGCUGUCAAGGCAGCUCGCUAUGACCCUGAUGAGGACAUCAGUGUGACCAUUGAGAAUGUCCGCCAAGAGGCCAAGCUCUUUGCCAUGUUAAAGCAUCCCAACAUCAUUGCCCUCAGGGGGGUGUGUCUGAGGGAGCCCAACCUCUGCUUGAUCAUGGAAUUUGCCCGCGGAGGGUCACUAAAUAGGGUGCUGUCGGGUAAAAGGAUUCCCCCAGACAUACUAGUGAACUGGGCUGUCCAGAUUGCCAGGGGAAUGAACUACUUGCACGAUGAAGCAAUUGUUCCUGUUAUCCACCGUGACCUCAAGUCCAGCAACAUAUUGAUACUCGAGAAGGUGGAAAAUGGAGAUCUGAGCAACAAGAUACUGAAGAUCACUGAUUUCGGCCUGGCCAGAGAAUGGCAUAAAACCACCAAAAUGAGUGCUGCUGGGACAUAUGCCUGGAUGGCUCCUGAGGUCAUCCGCUCGUCCAUGUUCUCCAAAGGCAGCGAUGUGUGGAGUUAUGGUGUGCUGCUUUGGGAACUGCUAACAGGAGAAGUACCCUUCCGAGGAAUCGAUGGUCUAGCAGUAGCAUAUGGUGUUGCCAUGAAUAAACUUGCCCUUCCAAUCCCUUCCACGUGCCCAGAACCUUUUGCCAAACUCAUGGAAGAUUGUUGGAACUCUGACCCACACUCACGGCCAUCUUUUGCCAAUAUCUUAGACCAACUCACCACCAUAGAGGAGUCUGGCUUCUUUGAAAUGCCCAAAGAUUCUUUCCACUCCUUGCAAGAAGACUGGAAACAUGAGAUCCAAGAGAUGUUUGACCAACUUAGGGCCAAAGAAAAGGAGCUACGUACAUGGGAGGAGGAACUGACCCGUGCUGCAGUCCAGCAAAAGAACCAUGAGGAACUGUUGCGGCAGCGGGAGCAGGAGCUAGCAGAACGUGAAAUUGACAUCCUGGAGAGGGAGCUCAACAUCAUCAUCCACCAGUUGUGCCAGGAGAAGCCUCGGGUGAAGAAACGCAUGGGAAAGUUCAAGAAGCACCGACUCAAGCUGAAGGAUGGCAAUCAUAUCAGCCUCCCUUCAGAUUUCCAGCAUAAAUUCACCGUGCAAGCAUCUCCAACCAUGGACAAAAGGAAAAGCUUGAUCAGUAGCUGCUCCAGUCCCCCGGCUAGUCCUACCAUCAUUCCCAGGCUCCGAGCCAUCCAGUUGACACCUGGCGAAAGCAGUAAAACCUGGGGGCGCAGCUCUGUCCUUCAGAAGGAGGAAGGAGAGGAGGAAGAGAAGAGAGGCCAUAAAAAGAAAGGCCGCACAUGGGGACCAAGUUCCCUUUGUCACAAGGAGUUAGCUGCAGGAGAAGAUGGCCUGAAGGCUCUAGUGGAAGGAUACAAGCAGUGGUCAUCCAGUGCCCCAAACCUUGGGAAGGUCCAGAGAACAGCAGCUGCCUUUCCAGGAUUCACGAGCCUGGCUGAGAUGGAAGAUGAAGACAGCGAAUGUGCUAAUGGAGAGAGCAAAGUGCACCACUCGCCUGGGCCCAGCCCAUCAUACCUCUGCAUCCCAUUCCAGAAGAAUGAAGACUGGGAUGGCCCAUCUAGUGAUGCCAAUGAGGAAUCCACACCUGUGAACUCUGCCACAAGCACCCCCCAGCUCACCCCCACAAACAGCCUCAAACGGGGUGGCUCUCAGCAUAAGCGGUAUGAGGUUGCCUUGCUUGGCUGUGGGGCAGUGCUGGCUGCUGCAGGGCUAGGCUUUGACCUGCUGGAAGCAGGCAAGUGUCAGUUGCUGACUGAGGAGGAACCAGAACCACUCAAGGAGGAGAAGAAGAAGCGGGAAAGCAUUUUCCAGCGGGCUGGACGUCCACGCAGGAGCACCAGCCCACCUUCCCGGAAGCUGUUCAAGAAGGAUGAGCCCAUGUUAUUGCUGGGCGAGCCAUCCACCUCCCUGACCCUUCUUUCCCUGUCUUCUAUUUCUGAAUGUAACUCUACCCGGUCCCUACUGCGUUCAGACAGUGAUGAGAUUGUGGUAUAUGAAAUGCCUGUCAGCCCUGUGACAGUCAAGGCUCCUUUACCAGUAAUUAGCAACCCACUGGUCAAUGUCCAGAUUGAGAGGUUCAAGCAAGACCGUAACCAAUCUCUGACUCCAACGCAUGUGACUCUUUCUUCCCAUACCCAGCAAGGACACAGGCGGACCCCCUCUGAUGGAGCCAUCAGAGCAGCUGGACUGGUUGCCAAUGGGUGCCCUGCCAAUGGAUGCCCUUCCAGUAACUGUUUAACAGGAGCAUUGGGAGUAGGAGCAUUAAAAACUCCCAGUCCAAGCCGAGAUCGUAAUGAGGUCCCCCGUCUGCCAGACCCCAACCUUGUCUUUCCUCCAACCCCAAGACGCUGGAAUGCACAGGAGGACUCUACGCUGGAAAGACCCAAGACUUUGGAGUUCCUGCCCAGACCACGUCCUUCAGCCAAUCGGCAGCGGCUUGACCCCUGGUGGUUUGUGUCACCCAGCCAUGCCAGGGGUGAAUCCUCUGCCAAUAGUUCAAGUACUGACACCCCAAGCAAUCUGGACUCCUGUUUUGCCAGUAGUAGCAGCACUGUAGAGGAGAGGCCAGGACUUCCUGCUCUGCUUCCUUUCCAGGUGGGUCUUUCUGUAGAGGAGCGAACACUGUUGGACAUAGAUGCUGAGGGACAGAGCCAGGACAGCACUAUUCCGCUAUGCAGAGGUGAACUUGACACACAUAACACCGCAGCAUAUGAACUCAAACAAGAGUUCUGGUCUUAGCAUGAAAUCCAUUAGGGGGCGGUAAGCCCCUUUACAUUCAAUUCUACUUUUUGCACUGAGAAUGCACUUUGAAGACAGAUGAAGUGGAGGGAUGCUACUGAGAUCAUAUCAUGGUGCUGCCUCUACUGAAAAUGUGUUGUCUCGUUGCCUGAUUUAUGUCUGAAGUUCAAUGUAACUUGGCAACUCAAAGCUGCUGACUUUUGCCGUGGGGUUUUUCUGUAGUCUUCCUUGUUUUUUGUUGCAGUUUGAAACUGCAGUAAGCAAAAAUUAUCCAAUCAAAGUCUUUGUUUAUUGUCCAUGUAGAACUUGAUACAUGCAGUAUAUCAGAACCCCACUAUGAACUGGUAUUUUGAAAACCCAAGUAUUACACCACAGCAGACGCCAGUGUUUGAUGUUUUCCCCAGGCUUGUCAGGAGGGACAAAUGGCAAAUAUUUGGAGAGGUCAGCUUCACUGAAACUUAUUCUUACUGCUGGGUUGCUCUAGGAAUCACCACUCCCCUGCUGCAGGAGCACAAGUACCUGGCCUGUGUGCACUCACAGGCAUUGAUUCAUGCAGACAGAUACAAGAUGCACCCCUGCUUUGAUAGCAGUGAAGAGGGUAUGGCAUGGUCUAUUGUCCCCACUUUCUUAUUGUUUAAGAUUUAGUUCCAGAGGCCUCCAUCUUUCUCCACAUCCAAGGUUCAUAUUCAAGCUCUGCCCCAACCUGGGAAGAGUGCUGAAGGACUUUCCUUCUCAAGAUGUGCUGGGUUGCAGAAACAAGUUCUUGUAUCUGUUGCCUUGCACUUUCCUCCCUAGCCCUUUUUUUAUUUUCUCCUGUUUUACAAGGGAGUGGCCCCAUGGCUCAAUACCCCACACUGUUCUGAUGCACAGUUUGACCCUUAUUUCAAGCAUGUGUAAAUUGAAGGCACCGUUGUCUAAUGGUUGGCUCAUAGCAAUGGCAAUUGGAACUUCUAGGUUCUGUUUUAGUUCAGUGCCUCACCAUGUAACAUUGGGCAAAUCAUUUAACCUGUUUCUUCCUAGUUUUCCCCAUUUUUAAGUAACACUGAUUAAUACCUACCUCACAGGCUGGGGGUUGAGGCAUUUGUGAUGUAUACAUAGUAGUUGAGUACUUGGGUGGAAGGCACUAUGACUUUACUAGGGAUUAUAAAUCAUAAAACAUUUAUUGCUGUUAAAUGGCUAAGAAGACUUCUAGCUUCAUAGUAAUAGAAAUCCCUAUCCUGGAGUAGACCACAAAACUAAGAUGUGUCUAUGUUUGCAAUUCCCUUUAUCCUUAGUGUAUAAGGGACAAAAGGUUUUUUUACCACCAUUUCAUGAACCCUUGCUAGUAGCAAAGCUGCUUGCUCCUGUCUGUCAUUGCAUGCUGCAUUGUUAACAUCAGUGCUCUUGCGCCCAUUGCUGCUACUGGGUAAAUAGUUUGCAAGGAUAGACAAGACCUUAGAGUUUAGGGAUAAGGUAUUUAUUUAAAAAAAGGAACUCUGAAGUUUUGGCACUUACUGUGUUUAAUGGGUACAGACUGACCUUUCCAGUUUUGCAAGCAUUCCCUCUGCCUCAUCUCAACUCAUCUCUGUCCAUCUGUGUUUUUUUUUGUUUUGGAGACUAUAAAAAAAGAAACCAUAUAAUUAAUUUUAGUUACUCUGUAGAAACAAACUGAAGGUUUCUAAUAGGAAGCUGUGCAAAAAGGGUAGUGACUGGAGGUUAAAUUGAUCCAUUUUGUGAUCUAUCCUAAAGAAGUUACAUCCAUCAGAAGAGGAUGAGUUGUACCCCUGAAGUAUAAUACCAGUCAUUUAAAAAGUUGGACAGCAAAAAGUCUAGAAAGGAACAUUGUCCCAAAAAUCAUCUAUGUUGCUAUCCAGGUAGAUGAUAUAAUGGGAUAUUGCAUCUCUUAGCUAUUGGCUCAACUCAGCCCAGGUUUGUAGAGAGAAAAUUAUUCCAGUUGAUAAUUGACUGGCUUUUGUGAAGUGAGCUAAAGAGUCAUUGUCCAAUACUUAGUAAGCCGAAGUCUAUAAAUGCAUAGAAAACAUGAGUUAAUUUAUUCUAAUAUAUUCUAAUGUAUUGCAUUGCCUCCUUAUGGUGGCUAAAGUUUGAAUGGGCCAUGGAGAGGGAAAUUCUUGUACCCCAGAAGGUAAUUGCUCCUUGGUGAAGAUGGUGUGCAGUUUUCUUGUAAUCAAAGGUAGCCAGCACUCUCAAUAGGGCAUCUGUCAUUAGCACUAACUGUAUGAUUUUACAGAAAAAGGAGUUGGGAAGGAUAGAUGAAGGUGCAUCAAGGAUCAAAUCAAAUGUCUUCACCCUGGAGAGUCAUUUUUAACAUGCUGCCACAGUGAAUGCCUCAUCCUAACAAUGCUAGUAAGUCAAGAAUGUAAUCGUCAGGGCCUGCUGUCAUUGGAGUCAGUGGGCACAGUUCAAGCCUGAAGGCCACAAGAAAAGGUAUCUUAUUUAAGCCAAGGUCCUAACUUUGUUCCUGUUCCCUAAUCUUUUCAUAUCCCUCUCUUUCUCUCAUUCUCAAUUAAUUACUUUCCUCUGCUAAUCUGCUCUUUCUCCCACUUGCUAGUAGCUGGGGUGCCCCAGACCUCCAGGGUGUGCUUCACUGCCAUUCAUUAGAUGCUAAAAUGCUGGAAAAACACUAAUCCUCAGUAAUAUUUCUGAUCACGAUUUUCUGCAUUUUGCAGAGUGAGUUUGUUCUCAGUAUUAAAAGUAGCAGAGUAGUACUGUAUCACUGUAAUAGUGUUGUUGAAGACUGAGAGAGAGAGGCAGAGCACCUUUAUAGAAAACUGUUCUUAUAAAUAUAUUAGUUCUUUGGUAUUUGAGUAACACACAUGCUGCAGGCCAAGCAAAGGAGGGGAAAGACCACAAUUAAUUUCCCCUCAGCCAUAAAAGAAAUGAUGCCAAAAGACUGGAGUAAAAAAUUGUUCAGGUGUAAAAUGUUAUGGGGUCCAGGAAGGAGAAAAGGAAAAUUUUGAUGUUUCCCAUAGCAACAGCGAGUGAGUGCUGCAAAGAAUGUUUCCAAGAAUCUCCCCCCAACUUUUUUUAAUUGUCAUGUAGGAAUUGAUUGACAUUUUCAAAGCAUCCUCUGUGUUUUGUUUUGUUUUUGUGAAUCUCAUGCACUUUUUCUCUUUCCUUACACACACACACACACACACUAUUUUAUAGCAUUAUAAUAUAUGAAAUUGGAGAUGUGGGUUGCUGAAUUAAGAAUUAGAAGAACUCCAUCACCCUGUUGUAUUGCCCUGAAGUUUUUUGUUGUCCCUUGUUCAGGUUGUUCAUUCCCUACACUUCAGAAGGAAGUACCAAAUGCUAAGAACCACAAGAAGACAGGAAGGCAGAGGCAAUCUUUACAUUUUUCUUUUACCUCUCAUUUUUUCUGCACAAAUAAAAAACCCAAUAUUGUGUUAGUAAAUGAAGAAAAACACUGAUCCUGGUCUUACACUGUUCUAAAAAUAAUGGAUUUCCUUCCCCAUUGUAACUCACUUUUAAUAAUAUUAAGAACUGACCACAAAUUAAUUGCUUGAUUGCAAAAUAAACAUGAAGUGGGGAACAUAUACUCAUACAAGUGUAUUUGGAAGCACACACAAGUGUGUAUGCACCUGCAUGUGUGAAAAACAAGCAAACGCAUUUCAUCGUAGCAGAUAAUUGUCAGAGUUUAUCAUAAAUCUUCAGCACACAGACUACCCUUUUAAAUACAGACUUACAGUAUUCUAGUAGAACAGGGGUGACCAAUUCAAACUUUACUGAGGGUCACUUACAAGAUAUGCUUCCCAAGAGAGACUGCCACUAGUGAGAAUGUAAGCCCGCAGCACAGUUGCAAGCGGGGAAACUAGACCGUGUCAGGGUCUGUGGAAAUUUAUGAAUCCUCAUUGCGAGGACACUGAGGUGAUAAAGAGUAAUUUGACUUGCUGUUUUGCUUUUUAAAUCCUUUCUGUUUUUGAACAGCAACAAAUGAGUGAUAUAAUAAAGAUUUAUGGUGGGCCCUUGGAUGGCCAUGGUGGGCCAUAUGCUGUCCCCCACCCAUACUAGAAUUAAUUAAAGCAUGUAUUGUUGCUCUAAUGUUCUUCAGUGUUUGGGGUCAUUACUGUACAAUAUUGGAGCUUGUUAGUAAGAAGAACAUUUUCACAAAAGUGUAGGUGUUGGUGGGGAGGCGGGGGAGGCCAUUGACAUUUUCCGGCAGUCCCAAGUAUCCAGCAGUCUCAGCUCUUAUUUUUUCACUUUGUGUAUUUUAUGAAAUUGGGAGACUAAAUGCGGUUGAUUUUAAGUGUUGUAGUAAUAUGCUAUGUGCUGCAGUUGCAGUGUACAUUAACUUCUGCCUUCUCUUGUGUUCAGCUGUUCUCAGCAGUCUUGCCAGUCCUGUGAGAGAUGAGUGUGACUUUUUAGAAAACAAAUUAUAUCUACUUUAUUUUUAUUUAAAAAAAAAAAAAAGUCAGUCACAGGCUGUCUAUGGUUUUCUGCAGUGACCAGAAAACCAUAAUGCUUUCUUAGAAGCUCUGUAAUAAGAUUUCCCUUUUUUUCCUUCUCUGGGGAAUCUUUGCCACAGCUGCUCUUGGUAUGGAUAAGAGAAGCUCACCUCUCAGAGAACAGGGAAGAGAUUUCUCAUCAUCUUUUGGUCCCAAAUGCAUUACUUUUCUACUGAGUGUGGAUUCCUUGAGCUAAUUUGUGUGCUCCAAAGAGCAUGUGCUGUGUGUUUUAGGUGCGUCCUGCAUUUCAAGGAAUUUUUUUAUUUCACACACCUGUUGUCUAGGUUUUUAUUUUUGAAAGGACUUACACUGUGGUUUUCAGUAGUGUGUGUAAUUUUAAGCAUGUCAGAUCCAAUACUUGCCUUGUAGAUAUUGUGCUUUCUUAUUUACUGAACAAUGCACAUAAUCUUCUCUGUGACUGUGGUGAGAGUUUCUCAUUUCAGUGGCAUGAUAUAUAUAUAUCCCCCAUCUUCAUGUGUUUAUUUGUUAUUAUUUAUUGGUAUUAGGAUAAUCCUUUGGGGCCCAAAACAGGUAUGGGGUAACUCUGCAAGCUCGUAAUAGAUAGCCCCUACAUCUGAAGACAUUUCUGAGUAGGCAUUUUUCAAAAGGAAAGGGAGGUAGAAAAAACAUAGAGGUGAGAUAAAGGAAGAUAAAUUAACAAGGAAAUGAUCAUGUUUGCUAUUGUAAGAAGCAGGUGGAAGUUACCGAUUGCUUUCUAAUUUGUGGCAAAGCUGUAUCUUUAAAGAGAGUGAGGUGGUUUUUUUGCUUUCUCAUAUAUAGGGCUCAGUGCAAGAACCAAAAGUGGUUGGAUGAAAACUGCACUAGUGAGCAACAGAGUAGUAUGGGCUAUAAAGCAGAGAUAGAAAAACAUUAUAUUUGGUCUCAGAUAUUUUGCAUUAUGGAUUUGAAUAAAACAGAAUGUAUGUGCUUAUGUUAGGAUUAAGUUGCUUUUGCCAUUACUAGAGCCUCAAAAUUAUCAUGGUUUUUAACCAUGUAACUCACUUUUAAUAAUAUUAAGAACUGACCCAAAAUUAAUUGCUUGAUUGCAAAAUAAGCAUGAAGUGGGGUACAUAUACUCAUAUAAGUGUAUUUGGAAACACAAGAAUAUGUGUGUGCAUGCAUAUAUGUAAAAAAAAAGAACUCAUUUCAUCACAGCAAAUAAUUGCCAGAGUUUAUCAUAAACGUUCAACACACAGAAUUCUCUUUUAUUACAGAUUCAGCUCUUUCUGGGGGAGCUUAUUACCCUCAGUCCUACCAUCCGUGAUGAUAAUUAUUGCUGUUCACAAUGAAAAUACAUAAAUGUACAGGUUAAAACAAUGCUAGCCGGCUAACUUCUAAACAGAACUUCACACAGCCAUGAACACUUUUUCUGCGUACAAUACUAGUCUCUUAAUCUACCUAAUGUUUUUGUCACCGUAGUAUCUGAGUGCCCACAUUUAGCAGGUGGCCCAGUUCAGCAACCAUUAGGAAGGUAUGAUGUAUUAUCUAUGCACAAAACACUGGAUUUAUAAUGGUGGUUUGAAGUGGACUGUUGUUUAAUUUCACCUAUUUCAAUUGCAGUUGGUGGGUCACCUGGACAAAUAGGAAAUGGGAAUCUAAAUCAUGUCCACAGGGGGGACACUGUUAGGCCUGCUUCCUUUGAUGCUUUGUAAAAUAGUCUAAUGCUAGGACAUAUCCCUACAACCCAGAAAUGCUUUUUUAAGGUCUUGUCUACAUUAGGCUGUUAGUUUCCAGUACAGCUGCACUCAGACAAACUGUGCUCCACACACUUUGCACCCAUAUAGCAUGAUUUUGCAGUGCUGUACUCAUGCUAAUUUUAAGCACUGGUGGCUAAGAUGUGAGCAAGGACUGGCCUUGGUGUUCUCUGUAUGUAGCAUUUGGGAAUGGUUUGCACCUCCUUUUCCAUGGCUCAGCUUGUUUAUCUGCAGAGAUUUUAAUCUUCUAUUUAGGACCUUCCCAAGAACAGAUUUAUUUGCUUCUCAUCUCGAGGCAGGAGGAAGAGGGAGCUGGGCCAUAGGGGGAGGCCCAGCUAUGUCCUGAUGUCUCCUCAAGUCUGUGACUUUGCAGCAAGGGUCAGAAUUAGUUUUUGGGAUGUGCUGAUAUUUCUCCUAGCUCCAGUUACAAAAUAAACUCCACAGACCUAAAACAUCUUUGUCAGCACAUGUUCAGAAUAGUUGCAUACAUUUUCUCAGAUCCUUGUGUUUUGUUUAAUGGUUCCUCAAAAAUAUCCAAAAUACCUAUGACUUCUGAACAUUUCUUGCUGAGGUUCCUAGGUCCCAUGGGCUAUAUGAACUUACCUUCCUCUUCAAAGGGCUCCUUAGCUGCUUAAUUCUGGCUCCUUGUUUGUGAAGAAAUACAAAAUAUUCCCAAUCUUGGUCUCUUCAGAUCCGAAGUGAGCUGUUGCGCACAGUAAUUUGUGUACAAGACCCUUCUUUUUCAUGUGUAUUUAUGAGCAGCAAAUAGCUAAUGCUUUAAGUGUCAGCAGUGUUGCCUUUUGCAUCUGAAUGGUGCAGGUAAUACUUCUCAGAACUUCUUUUUUGCCCCCCUGAGCUCUGCAAACACAGGUGAGAUGCUGCCACAUCACUUAUGCCCCAGACCUAUUUUCAAAGCUAUCUUGGUAGCCAUAACUUAUAGAACAUUUUUGAAUGAUAGGGUCUGGGGAUAAAGCAGCUUCAUGAAAGAGGUUAGCUAGUACACCAAGCCAACAUGUGCUAGCUGAAUUUGAACCACGCUUUUCCGAGUGAAAGACAUUCUUCUUAAAAUGGGUCCCUGCAAGAAGAUAUGUAUAACCCCUGACAUCAAUAGAAACCACUGCCCCUUGGGACUGGUAGCCUUAUUUAAGGGCUGAAAUACAUAUUGCAGUUGUAAUUGAUCCAGAUAGUAACAGUAUUUCAUUCUCGGGGUCGGGAUGAGUAUUCCAAGACAGGCCCUGGUUUGGCUGAGCAUCAAGAAGACUAUAGCAUGCUUACCUGUGGAUUUAUAUAGUAUAGUUUAUGGCAGCAGCAGGCAUUUUUUCCUGUCAGAGACACCAUCCCAAUAACAAAUCAUUUGAAGUGGGGAACAUCCAGGUAAAAAGCUGAUUUAGAAGACAGUCAUUCCUCUGAUUUUUGGUUACUAACUGUCUAUACAGACACAAAGGUAGUCAUUGGGCCCUGAUCCAAUAAAACACUUAAGCACAUGUUUAAAUCUGUCCCCAUUCAGCAAGACAUUUAAGCACACACUUUAGUCUUAUUGAAGUCUGUGGAAGUUAAGUGUAUGCAGUAGCUUAGGGAUGCAGCCAGGGACCUGGGGCACAGAGACUGGUGACUUCUAGUUGCUGCAUGAUUGCAGUUGCAAUUGCUCCUUACUCUCCCCUCCCAGCCCCCUCCCCAUGUGCCCACCCUGAAAUCUGACCAGGUCUGUAGGAGACGAAAGCUCAACUUUUGGAUGCCCAAAUGUUUAGAAGCUUGUCCUCUUAUACAGGAUAGCAGUACAGGACCAGACUGCCUUGCUUUGACAAGUAUAAUGGUAAGGGGGCCACACAUGCCCUAGGAAGGUGGCUCCUUCCUUCACUUCCUAGCUUGUUUGUGGUGAUUUUAGUGACCUGCUGAUACCCCUUUAGCUGCUAGUGCUUACUGUAAACAGGCUUUUCUGGAAGUGACAGUUUCUCUUGCCAGAACAGGAGAUUACUUCUGUGCCAGCUGGUUGUGAGCAGUGAAGCAUUGGGUGUACGCUUCUUUCUCUGUGUAAGUGUCAACGCCCUGAGACUUUGGCUCAGGUUUUUUUUCUCCCUGUGCAAAAAACACACUUGCCCUGGCUACCAAGGAUAGAACUGAUAAGCUCAGCAACAUUCAUUAUCUGCUGGUCAGAUGUUAAUCAGGUUCUUGUGUCCCCUUUUCAGUUGCUCUGCUGCUGGUCCAGCUCCUUAUUAUCUGGGCUGUUGCAUAUUAUUUCCAUUCAUAUGUAAAGAUGGGCCUGGUGCAACUGAAAUGUUUUGCUUGACUUCACUGUUGAAUAGCUUUAUGUGUAAAGCAAAGUUUCUGUACCUUAUAUGUAGAGUAUGCGUGUUUAUGAGAUGGGGGUUUGUCAGAGAAAUUACUUGUCCUUUUUAAGUACUGUUUCUUCUGUGCUUUGAGACUUCAUUUUCUGCUUAGCCAGGGAAUAUACUUCCCCCCAACUCCCCCUUUUUAUGAAGAACAUCUCUUCAUUUUGCCUCACCUCUUGACUGCGGGUUUGCUCUUGCUUCUAUUAAAGUCAACAGCAAAAAUCUUAGUGACCUGAUUCUGCUCUGAUACAGUGCUCUGGAGUAAAGUCAUUAAACUGGAGUGAACAGAACAGAAUCAGGCAAAGAGAUUUCAGUUCUGUAAGACUGUGCUGCUGUGUCCACCUGUUUGAGAUGAGAACUUUUUUCCCCCCUCCUGUUGGAGACAAUGGGAAUGGAGGAACCUGGACACCCUUCUGUCUGCGGUUUGAAGACUUCACCGUGGGUUUCUCUCACACCCAGGAUCUUCACUAAUUUGUCACGGGGAGAGGCCUUUUGCCCAAAGUCCAUAAUACAUUUUGCAGCAGCAAAGCAAUGAAAACUACAAAUGGGAAUUUCCCCAUAGAGUUAAAUAAAAUAAUUGAGGCCACCAAAUUUUCAUUUUGUGUGUAAUGAUACCAUAUUCAAUUAAGUGAUUUGUGGGAGCCCUCCUUUAGCUUCUAGUCAACAGCGAGUCUAGGGGAAAAUUAGCCUGGAUUUAUUUUUUAAACAGCUUUAUUUGUGACACAGCUGUUGCCUCUGAUCCUUUGGGACUUAAAAAAAUAGUUAAAUUAUAUUAAUGUCUAGUUUGUUUCACUGUAGCUAACACAUCAACCAAUUACUCUUGUGCAUAAUCUACUGUAUCUCUUUCCUCUGUUCCGUGUCAAUGUAUUAUGUGCAUCUUGGAUUAUGAUUCUUUUUUGUCUUAAGUUAUUUUAUGUUAUAGAACAAUAUUUAAAUGAAGCAAAGAGCUGAUUAAAGUUGAUGAGUUAUUUUGUUUUUCUCUUUGCUUUCUUUUGGAUGUACUGUAAAUUGUAAACCAAGGAUGCCAAGCAGGCUUGGUUCAAUGGCUAAAAUUAUUGUAUUACAGUGUAAUGCUGAUCUAGGCCUUGUCUCAACACUAGAGCACACAGACUUGAAUAAAACUGUUACAAGAGUC